AUGUCACCGGCGGCACUUGUCCCAGCAAGGCCACCAUACCCGGGAAGACCAUCAUUGUGACAGGCGCUAACACGGGUAUUGGAAAGCAGACCGCCUUGGAACUGGCCAGAAGAGAGGGAGCUGUUGGGCUACACAAGGAAACUGGUGCCCUGCCCGCCGUCUGCCUGGCCCACGCGGACUCCCGCAUGGUGGCUGCUGAGUCCCCCGGUCGCAGUAUCCAGGACUGUGGCACGUCGGCCUCAGUGCCUGUCGUGUGGGGAUCCAGUUGGGAUGGACCGUGGCGUGGAGCUUCGUGUGGACGGAGUUUCCGUUUCUUGUUCCCGGCUGGGCCUGCAGGAGGCCGCGUCAUCCUGGCCUGCCGCGACCUGGAGAAGUGUGAGGCGGCAGCCAAGGAAAUCCGCGGGGAGACCCUCAACCACCGCGUGGACGCGCGCCGCCUGGACCUGGCUUCCCUCAGGUCCGUGCGGGAGUUCGCCGCCAGGAUCAUCGAAGAGGAGGAGCGCGUGGACGUUCUCAUCAACAACGCGGCCGUGAUGCGCUGCCCUCACUGGACCACUGAGGAUGGCUUCGAGAUGCAGCUGGGAGUCAACCACCUGGGUCAUUUUCUUCUGACAAACUUGCUGCUGGACAAGCUGAAAGCCUCAGCCCCUUCUCGGAUCGUCAACCUCUCGUCCCUGGCCCAUGUUGCUGGGCACAUAGACUUCGAUGACUUGAACUGGCAGAAGAGGAAGUACAACACCAAGGCCGCCUACUGUCAGAGCAAGCUGGCCGUUGUCCUCUUCACCAAGGAGCUGAGCCGGCGGUUGCAAGACACGGGUGUGACCGUCAAUGCCCUGCAUCCCGGUGUGGCCAGGACAGAGCUGGGCAGACACACUGGCAUGCACAACUCCACCUUCUCCAGCUUUACGCUUGGGCCUGUCUUCUGGCUGCUAGUCAAGAGCCCCCAGCUGGCGGCCCAGCCCAGCACCUACCUGGCUGUGGCGGAGGAGCUGCAAGGUGUUUCUGGAAAGUACUUCGAUGGACUCAAAGAGGUGGCACCAGCCCCCGAGGCUGAGGAUGAGGAGGUAGCCCAGAGGCUUUGGGCUGAAAGUGCUCGCCUAGUGGGUUUGGACAUGUCCCACAAGUCCCCUGCGAAGGGACAGUCAUGCCCCAGGUAACCUCUGGGACAGGUUUUCCAGGACAGAGCUGCAAGAUCAAGGAUGCUGACAGCCAUGCCUUUUUUACCCACUAGGGCUCAGAAUGGAUCUCUUGAGCCUCAAGACCAGGGACCACCUUCCUCUAGGGCCAGUGUUGGCCUCAGGACUACCAUGCCUGUCUAGGGGCGGUGUGGUGCACGUGAACUUAAGGGUCCUCCAGUGGCCGUGUUGGCGCCAUCUCUGGUAGCUGUAGGUGCAGAGUGGACUAUAGGCGGGCACCUGACUUACGGGACUGGGGCCGGGUGUGCCUGUGUCCUGGAGCCUGGGCCUGCCACUGUACAGCGUGCACUGUAACGAGUGCCUCUUGGGCCUGGGUGGGGGCACCGCUGCCUUCUUGCAGUUCACAGUUUACUGAGGGCCUCUGCCAGAGCCCGGCCACGGUGCUGGCUUCCACCAAGGAGGGCUGUCACAGACCCUGGCCUGUCACUGUGUCGCGGAGGACGGCGUGGACUGUGAUCACCUGGGAUGCCUCCUUCCCUCCCGUUCCUGUGGUAAUUUUAGCCUCAGGCUCUCCAUUGUGCUCCUUGAUAAUAAAAACCGCAAACCUCCCUGAGUCACGGGUUGUGGGGAAGUGAGAGGCGCGCACACCCAGGGUACCUACUCUUGGGAGCUAGGACACUGACUUAGACAGCGCCAAGGCAGCCCAUGCAGCCUUCCAGACUGGAGAUGGGAGCCGCAGGGCGAGGGUGAGGGCGAGGGCCAGGGCGAGGGCAGGGGGCUCCUGCCUGGGCCGCGAAGGGCUGCUCCAGAGCGUUGAGUAGCCAGGAUGAAGAGGCGCCUGGCUGCCGGGAGCGGGUGCUGGGCAGCGUCCUGAGCACAGCACGGACCGCUGGACGCGGGGCCACUGGCUGUCAUGGUGCCAGGGAGGGGCCUUGGACGGCUGCCUGGAGCUUUAUAAAUGCAGCUCAUUUUCUUUCUCUCUUUUUUUUCAUUAAAAAAAUUAGUACGUGUUGCAGGACAGAAUGAUCACAUUCCUCACAGGGCGGCUAUGCACGGACACACACCUCUUCGUUCUUCCAUCUUGUCCUCCCUUCCAGCCCUCCGUCCAACUCCUGGUGCCCUUCCCCCUUGCAAAAGAUCUUCCUAUUAUAUUUUGUCUGGUUUAUUAAAUGAGUGGAACAGUGUGAUGUUUAAGCCCGCGUCCGAUGUUU